AUGAUCUCCAGGUAUUUACUCAUCCUCUACCUGGUCCUUGCCGUGUCAGCAAAUACAGAGACAUUCCUGUUUCUGGUGCCCAAUUACUAUGACAUCCCGCUGCAUCCUCAGCCCUACACUCACCAACGACUUACUACCGUCAAUACGUCCACUCUGGUGAUGGUGGACUACCCGAUCCUCGACGUGUAUAACUACGAUUUGGCUAAAACAUCUGUGAGUAUACCGUAUCAGUUCACUGAGAAGCCUCAGAAUCAGCUUCUCGUCAAGCUCAACAACUAUGGCGAUGCGACAUUUGAUGCCAACGACGUCAUCAACGUCAAACUCUGCUGGCCAGCCACCAUUCCUGUAAAUUUCGACCUUAGCCAUCGUUUUAUCCGUGCACAUGACUUGGGGCUUGCACCAGAGCGUCUGGGAGGCGAUACUUUGGAUAUUUACGUGGUGUUGGAGUACCAGGCAGACUUCUACAGUGUGAGGGACGAUUUGGCGUCGUCAAUGGAGUUUAAUUUGGUAAUUGCGAAACUUCCGAACAGCUUACCCGUGCCUAUAGAGCUCUACGACUUCAUAGUGUAUUUGGUGGAUAUGUGCAUUUUGUUUGCAGCGAUGUAUGAGUAUGUGAUGGAGGGAAUAAAAAGGGCGUUUUUUUCUUGA